AUGCUCGACAAAGUUCAUGAGGGGCUCCAGAUUGCAGAGGGUGACAAAAACAAGUAUAUUCUAGGCGAGAUCAGCGGGCACAAUAUCGCCAUGGCAUGCCUCCCGGCUGGGAGCAUGGGGCAAACAUCGGCCGCCACCGUUGCCGCCGACAUGAUGCACAGCUUCCCGAGGAUUCGCUUUGGUUUGAUGGUGGGAAUUGGAGGGGGCGUACCGAAUCCGAGUGCACGUGCGGAUGAGGAUAUUCGGCUGGGCGACGUCGUGGUGAGCAUCCCGAAGGGGGAAUUAGGUGCUGUAAUCAAAUAUGAUCGUGGGAAGGUCGUAGCCGGUGGAGAAUUUCAACACACGGGGAUUUUGAAUGUUCCACCCUCGUUGCUCACCACCGCGGUGAGUGCUCUGCAGUGCAAGCAUGAAACCUUGAAGAAUGCCAUCACGCGCAACGUCGCAGACAUGAUUCAAAGGAAACAUGAGGCCGAAGAUGCAAACCUGGAAUCCCUGCAGAAAUAUCAGUAUCCAGGUGCCGAGCACGAUCAGUUAUUCGAAGCGGACUACGAGCAUGUUGAGCAGAGAGAUGUCCCAAAUCCUGUCUCGCAGGGGCUUGAAGAUAACGAAAACGACACUGGCGAUCUUGAAUUCCCGUGUCCCCAUUGCGACGAAGACCGUGUAGUACCUAGGCGCCUUCGAAGAAAAAAGGAUCCCGUAAUCCAUUACGGAACCAUCGCAUCUGCUGAUGUGGUUAUGAGACACGGCGAGACGCGAGAGAAAUUGCGAAAGAAAUACGGCAUUCUGUGUUUCGAAAUGGAAGCUGCUGGGCUGAUGAACGAUUUUCCCUGCCUCGUCAUCCGCGGCAUCUGUGACUAUUCCGAUACGCAUAAACACAAGAUAUGGCAGAGAUAUGCAGCGGCGACAGCGGCUGCAUAUGCAAAGGAGUUACUGGGAACUGUGCAGAAAGCGGAGGUCAUUGAAUCGCGUUCAGGAGCGACCAAGGAAGAGAUAGACGAGAUGCGCCAAGAGCUAGAGGAUAUGAAGAAAGAUCGAAUGCAGCAGGGACUGAAAAAAGAACGGGAUGAGAUAUUGAACUGGCUUGAUUCGGACACACACACCAAAAAAUGGGCCGAUUCUCGAAUGAAAUGGCACCGAAAUACAGGGAAAACCUUUUUGGAGUCGCAGUCUUUUCUUGACUGGACGAACAACCAUGCCCAAACGCUUUGGUGUCAUGGUAUCGCUGGAUCAGGAAAAACGAUAUUUGCUUCUCUCGUAGUCGACCAUUUACACGCAGCUCAGAAAGAAAAGGCUCCAAAUGAGAAAGCAGCAGUUGUUUGCUUGUACCUCGAAUACGAGAGAAUGCAAGAACAGUCUCUCCAGUCAUUGCUGGCAGCAAUUCUGAGACAGCUUGUUCAUCAGUGUCCGGAGCUCCCGAGGUCUGUAACAGAGCUUCAUAAUACCCAUACAACAAAUCGAAGCCAGCCACUUUUGGACGAGAUAUCCUCCGUUUUGGUUGACGUUAUUCGAAAGUUUCCCGAUGUAUUUCUCGUAGUAGACGCGCUGGAUGAGUGCUUUGAGGACACUGCACGGGAUCUCCUGUCAAAUCUGAGGGAUCAUCAGAAGAGCACGGGAUUGAAGCUUCUAGCCACAUCCAGACCAACUAUCGACUUUGGUGAAUUCUUCGAAGAAUAUAGGUCGUUAGAAAUCAAAGCCCUGGAGCAUGAUGUGAGAGCUGUUCUAGAUACCCUGAUACUAAAGCUGCCUAAGUUGGUAAGAGAAGAUAAGAAUUUGCAGUCCAAGAUCAAAAAUUCGAUAGUUGAAGCAGUUGAUGGCAUGUAA